UUAACUUAACAGUGGUCUGAAGAUGGCGACGUCCAGUCGCUCUCCGCUGCUGCUGCUGCUGUUAUCAUCCGUGUGUCUCUGCAGUUUUGGACCCGUCUUCGGCCUGAAGGCUGCCAGCGGUCCCGCCGUGCCGCCCAACCCGGCCGUCCUCAGAGCCGCCGAACCGCAAGCCAAGGAUGCACCUGCUGCCGCCGCCGCCGCCGCUGCCGCCGCUGGGGCCUCACAGCCUCGAAGGACGACCGGUUGGAAGCUGUCGGAAGAAGAGGCCUGCAGAGGAGACCUGACCCGGCUCUGCCCUAAACACACCUGGGCCAACAACCUGUCCGUGCUAGAGUGCCUCCAAGACCGUAGAGAGGAAACUGACAUUGCUCCUGCUUGCAACCAUCUCCUUUGGAACUAUAAAUUUAAUCUGACCACAGACCCAAAGUUUGAGUCAGUGGCUGUGGAGGUUUGCAAGAGCACCAUCACUGAGCUGAAGGAGUGCAAUGAGGAGGAGCGUGGGAGGGGCUACCUUGUGUCCUGUCUGGUCGAUCACCGUGGCAACAUCAGCGAGUACCAGUGUAACCAGUACAUCACCAAGAUGACCAGUAUUAUCUUCAGUGACUACCGACUGAUCUGCGGCUUUGUGGACAAAUGCAAAGAAGAUAUUAACAACCUACGCUGCGGCAGCAUCAAUAUAGGACACAAGGACAUCCACUCGCAGGGGGAGGUAAUCGCUUGUCUGGAAAAGGCACUUGUGAGGGAGGCGGAGCAACAAAAUGGGGUUCACGCAAUCAAAGAGGAGUGUCAAAGGGCGAUUCUGCGAGUGGCAGAGCUGUCGUCGGAUGACUUUCACCUCGACCGACAUCUCUACUUCUCCUGCCGAGAUGACCGCGAGAGAUUCUGCCAGAAUAUUCAAGCAGGGGAAGGAAAAGUCUACAAGUGUCUGUUCAACCACAAGUUUGAAGAGGCCAUGUCAGAAAAGUGCAGAGACGCACUGACUACCCGCCAGAAGCUGAUCUCACAGGACUACAGGGUCAGUUACUCUCUGGCUAAAGCCUGCAAGCUUGACCUGAGGAAGCAUCGCUGCAGCAUCGACAGCAACCUGCCCCGAGCUCGCGAAGCCCGACUCUCAUACCUGCUACUGUGUUUGGAGGCCGCCGUGCACAGAGGUCGUCCGGUCACCGGCGAAUGCCAAGGGGAGAUGCUGGACUAUCGGAGGAUGCUGAUGGAGGAUUUCUCUCUAAGUCCAGAGAUUGUGCUCCACUGCAGGGCUGAGAUUGAGACUCACUGCUCAGGCCUUCACCGCAAAGGUCGCACUCUGCAUUGCCUGAUGAGGAUCGGACGCAAUGACCGCAGUGCCACUGUCGACAGUGUGUGCCAGAGUGCACUUCAGACUUUAAUCCAGUCUGCCGACCCCGGGGCCGACUACAGGAUUGACAGAGCGCUGAAUGAGGCCUGUGAAUCCGUCAUCCAGACAGCCUGCAAGCAUAUCCGAAAUGGAGACCCAAUGAUCUUGUCUUGUCUGAUGGAGCAUCUGUACACGGAGAAGAUGGUGGAGGACUGUGAGCAUCGGUUGUUGGAGCUGCAGUAUUUCAUAUCCAGGGACUGGAAAUUGGACCCGAUUCUCUAUAAGAAAUGUCAAGGAGAUGCUGCCCGACUGUGCCACACACACGGGUGGAAUGAGACCAGUGAGCUGAUGCCGCCAGGCGCCGUCUUCUCCUGCCUGUAUCGCCACGCCUACCGCACAGAGGAGCAGGGCCGCCGGUUAUCUAGGGACUGCAAAAUGGAGGUUCAGCGGAUUCUCCACCAGAGGGCGCUGGAUGUGAAGCUGGACCCUGAGCUGCAGAAGCGCUGCAUGACGGACCUUGGGAAGUGGUGCAGCGAGAAGACAGACACGGGACAGGAGUUGGAGUGUCUGCAGGAGCAUUUGGAGGACCUGGUGUCUGCCUGCAGGGAUGUCGUGGGCAACCUGACGGAGUUAGAAUCAGAGGACAUCCAAAUAGAUGCGCUGCUAAUCAGAGCGUGUGAGCCCAUGAUCCAGGCCCACUGCCGGGAUUUGGCAGACAACCAAAUCGACACUGGUGAUCUCAUGGAGUGUUUGGUUCAGAACAAACAUCAAAAGGAAAUGAACGACAAGUGUUCGGUUGGUGUGACACACUUCCAGCUGAUUCAGAUGAAGGAUUUCCGCUUCUCAUAUAAAUUCAAGAUGGCUUGCAAGGAGGAUGUUCUUCGCUUGUGCCCAAACAUCAAAAAGAAGGUGGAUGUGGUCAUCUGCCUGAGUACCACCGUCAGGAACGACACGCUGCAUGAGGCCAAAGAGCAGCGGGUGUCCCUCAAAUGUCGUAAACAACUGCGGGUAGAGGAGCUGGAGAUGUCGGAGGACAUCAGGUUGGAACCAGAGUUGUACGAGCCCUGCAAGUCUGACAUCACUCGCCUGUGUCCCAACAUAGCUUUUGGCAACGCUCAGAUGAUCGAGUGUCUGAAGGAGCAGAAGAAGCAGCUCAGUCAGCGCUGCCACCAGCGGAUCUUCCGGCUGCAGGAGGCCGAGAUGACAGACCCCGAGCUCGACUACCAGUUGAUGAGAGUCUGCAAGCAGAUGAUUAAGAGGUUCUGCACUGAAGCCGAUGCCAGAAAUGUUCUUCAGUGUCUGAAGCAGAACAAGAACAGCGAGCUGAUGGAUCCAAAGUGCAAACAGAUGAUCACGAAGAGGCAGAUCACCCAGAACACAGACUACAGGUUGAACCCAGUGUUGAGGAAAUCUUGCAGAGCGGAUAUUCCCAAGUUCUGCCAGUCUAUCCUGAACAAAGGGAGUGAGGACAGCGAGCUGGAGGGUCAGGUGAUCGCCUGCCUCAAGCUCAAAUAUGCCGAUCAGAGAUUGUCUCCAGACUGUGAGGACCAGAUCCGAGUGAUUCUCCAGGAGUCUGCGCUGGACUACAGGCUGGACCCGCAGCUGCAGAUGCAUUGCUCAGACGAGAUCUCCAGGCUGUGUGCGGAGGAGGCAGCCGCUCAGGAGCAGACUGGUCAGGUAGAAGAAUGUCUGAAAGUGAACCUGCUCAAGAUCAAACAGGACGCCUGCAAAAAGGAAGUGCUGAACAUGCUGAAGGAGAGUAAAGCAGACAUCUUUGUAGACCCGGUCCUCCACACAGCCUGUGCCCUGGACCUGAAACAUCACUGUGCUGCUAUUACACCCGGCAGAGGAAGACAGAUGUCGUGUCUGAUGGAGGCGUUACAGGACAAGAGAGUUCGCCUGCAGCCUGAGUGUAAGAAAAGACUCCAGGAUCGCAUCGACAUGUGGAGCUACGCUGCGAAGGUGGCGCCAGCAGAGGGCUUCUCAGACCUGGCGGUGCAGGUGAUGACGUCGCCCUCCAAGAACUACAUCCUGCUCAUGAUCGCACUGAGCAUGUGCAUCCUCUUCCUGGUGGGGCUGCUGUGCGGUCGCAUCACCAAGCAUGUGACCAGAGAACUGAAGGACCGGUAGAGUUCACCCGCCGCCCUUCCCCUUCCUCCCUUUCUCCGCUUCCAGUCCGUCAAACUUUCAGCUUUGUGGUCAAAUUCCGCCAGACGCCAAAUCAAAGCAUUUCUUCAGUCGCUUCUUUCCCCCCUCCGGAGAACAUUAUUUGGCGUGGGACAUGAAAAGUGUCAAAUCGGCACUUUCAGGCUUGACUGAGAACUGCUCCCCCUCCCAACCUCCUGUUUUUAGUCAUAUUUAAGAAACUUGGAGCAUGCAGAGAUCCUCAAGAGAUCUUUUUUUUUUUUUCCAAGAGACUUCCUGAAACGCACAAGCAGCAGUUUCAAACAACGAGGCAAACUUUUUCCCGCUUGUACAGGAAGAUCAACCUGCUUGCCAUGACCACCAGUGUUCUCUUUGCAUUACGUAUCUGUUCAAAUUUUGUAUAUCUAUGCCAUUUUUUUAUUGUUCUAUCAUUGUUGCUGAUGGGAUUUGUGCUCGUGAAGCCAAAGGAUGCAGUAUCAAGUCAUCACUGAGUGCAGGUGGCGUUUACAACAGGUGACCGGAGUGCAAGCUCCAACUUUUCGGGGGCAUUGAGACUCGUUACGCAUAUUUUUGUCCACUCCAACAAGCCUGUUGCUCGAAGACGCCACUCGUUUUUUAUAGCCCCAUGGCCUCAACAGUAUGGCUUCAUUCAGGAGAGUCCAAACUUUUUCCAGCGAGGGCCACAUUGUGAAAAAUGAAAGGAUGCAAAUUUGCCACUUGGAUAUUUUGUACACAUGUAGAUAUGCUAAGAAGUUCUAUACUGUAUAUUUCAAGAAAAAACUGCAUCUCAGCUUUGUGAUAUCGGUGAAAAAACAUUAAUAUCAACUUUUAUCUUUGCUCUUUUUUCACAUUUUUGCAGGUUUUUUUUUAUUUCAACUUUCUUUUUAAAUAAUUUCUGUCAAUUUUCUUUUCAUAAUAUGAAUCCAACUAUUUUGACUUUCUUCAAAAUUUUCUUCUCUUAUGACUUUAUUCCCAUAAUAUUAUAACUUUUUCCCCCAACCUAAUUUUCCUAAAAUUCCAACUUUAUUUCAUUUUGUUUAUCAUAAUAUUACGACAUAAAAAUAUUUUUUUUCGUUAAUAUUUUAACUCUGCCACUAAAAUGAUUUUUCCUCAUAUUACAAGUUUAUUCUUGUAAAAUUGCUAUUUUAUUCUCGUAAUUAUGACUGUACUUCCAUAAUAGUUUGACUUUAUUCUUGUGACUUUUUUCUGCAAACUAAUGUUCCAAAAAUUACAACUUUAUUUUUAUUUUUCAUAUUAUGACUUUAAAAUGUUUUUUCUUUAAAAUAUAACCUUUAUACUACUAAAACGACAAGAAUGAUUUUUCCUCAUUACGUUAUUCUCAUAAGACUUUUUGCCAAUUAGAUUCCAAUUAUUUCUCUCAAUAUUUUCACUAUUGUAAAAUUACUACUGAUUUUUCCAUUUUUGCUGUUUUUUUUUUGUAGUUUUCUUUUUAAAUGAGUCUUUGAAUGUGCCAAAAAAACAGCUGUGGGCUGCAAAUGGCCCCCAUGCCGCACUUUGGACACCGCCGGCUUAAUUCAAUAUAAUAUUUUUAGUAUUUCAUUUGAUAACAGAAAGCUGAGAUGUAGGCUGUUCUUCCUUUAAAUGCAGUUUUUUCCUCCGAAAAUAGGCUGUUUUUUUUUCCCACAGAAAACACAUCUCAUUCACUAUAAUUUAUGAAUACGUGAUAAUACAGGUAAAAUGUACAGUAUACAUGUACCAGUGUUUUAGAAAAAAAACACCAUUUUUACAUGUUUAUGUCUCUGAGCUUCACUGAUAAUGUUUUUUGAUCAGGCAUUGAGAUUUCACAUUCUUUGGCGGUCCUCAAAUGCACCAUAGUUGUGUGCUCCACAAGCACUCUGGCUUCAACCGCAUAACCGAUGACUUUUGGCUCGUGAUUCACAAAGCUGACCUCCUCUAUUCCCACUCAGUGCUGUGAUAGACUAGUGUGCUUCUCCACCAGAGUGGGCUGGGGUAGGCUCCAGCCCGUGGCCUUGAGCAGGUUAAGUGGUAUAGAUGUUUAUUUUUGAAGAUGGCAGCUAUGUAAAGUUGUCGUCGCCCUUGCUGUGUUGCUGCGUUAGCAACAGCUAAUGUAGCGUGAAGCCUCCAGCAAAGAGGAGGAAGAGAUUGGCUAACCUCGCCAUCGCCCCCGCCCCCCUGGUGUGCGCCCUCCCUCAAGGCCUUCACACUCGGGUGGAAAGAAACUGCAAACACUACAACUGAAGAUGCAAACAGACGGCACACUUUUUUUUUGUACGAUUUCCUUUGUGUGAUUUUACAUGAGUCUGAAUAAGUCCAAGAAUCAAAGUAAAAAUACCCAUUCUCUAUUUAUAUGCAAGUAUGCAACGCAUCUUGUUUUCAGGUUGUAACAUGGAAUAUGAAGAUGGAACAGAAUUAUUGUGACAUUUUAUUUUGCUGUACAGAUAAAAAUGUUAAUUUAAUAAAAAUG